AUGCUUCUCUCCUUGUUUGUUUUGUUGAUUCUCUUAGGCUCACACUUGCUCCGAGUGCAACAAAAGCAAAGUGACCAGAGACCAUUCAGUGAGACAUUCAACCGGAAGAUAGAGCAGCUCCUAGAGCACUUCAGUAUCCCGGGACUCGCCAUUUCUGUUGUGCAAGAUGACGAGAUCUUGGCGAGGGGCUACGGAGUAUCUGACAUCGAGACCUCGCAAGCAGUGUCCGAACACACGCUAUUCUUCGCUGGAAGCACCACCAAAGCCUUCACCGCUGCUGCAGUUUCGCUUCUGGUGGACGAUAACCAUCAUUACCCCAACAUCCAGUGGACCACUCCCGUUCAUUCCAUCAUCCCGGAAGACUUCACCAUGAUCGACCCCUGGUAUACAGCCCAUGUCACCGUGACAGAUAUGCUCUCUCAUCGCUCAGGUCUACCACGCCAUGACUGGCUGCUGCUGACCAAUCUGACUCAGCAAGAGAUUGUCCAGAGGAUCCGAUACCUGCCACUGACAGCCGAAAUCCGCACCAAGUUCCAAUACAGCAAUCUCAUGUAUAUCACCGCCGCUCACAUGAUCGAGUCCGUGUCCGGUCACUCGUUGCCGUCGUUCUUGACUGAAAGAAUCUGGGCCCCGCUGAACAUGUCGGAAACCUAUCUUUCGUUGACCGAUGCCCAGCGCGCAGGAAGGAACAUUUCGCAGGGUUAUUACCUUGAUAUUAACGGCAAGCUGGUGUCAACCCAGCAUGUUAGUAUGAGAAAUUCGCGUGGCGCAGGGAAUAUCCUCUCCUCCGUUGCGGAUUACGCCAAAUGGAUUUCGACUCUCCUACGCAGGGGGCCCCCGUUAUCUGAAGCGGGCUACCGCACUCUCUUCGGUGCUCACAGCAUCGCUGCCAGGGAACCAGUCCCGCCCUUUGUAUCACCGACGCUAUACGGGAUGGGCUGGGUGGUACAGACGUACCGCGGUGAAACCGUGAUCCAGCACGCUGGAUCCCAGUAUGGGUUCGGGUCUCUAGUGGCCCUUCUACCGCAGCGCAAGCUGGGGGUUGUGGUCAUGGGCAACAACAUGCGUGGGACCAAUGCGGCUGCCGAUAUCAUUGCUUUUGACAUCAUAGAUGAUGUCCUCGAUACCCCCAGAGAUGAACGCUUCGAUUGGCGAGGAAGAGCCGAUGAACGGUUAGCAGCCGACACGCUCACCAACGACACUUUUCGUCAAUUAUAUCCAGUUCUCCCGGAUCCGCCCCAACCCUACCCGCUCAACCUUUCUGCGUAUGAGGGAUUAUACGUACAUGCGGUGUAUCCCAACCUGACCAUAUCGAGUGAUUGUAGUGAAACGGCAGGUGGAAUUUUUUACGAGAAUGGGACAGGUGCAAAGCUCUGUGCAUUUCUGGUUGAACCAGGGGAUUAUUUCCCCAAACCGCUGUUGCUGGAGAUGUACCAUGUUAGUGGUAACUCUUGGGUUCUGGUCACUACUAUAGCUGGGGCCAUGUCUGUAGCCAGGGUUGAAUUCAGGUUCGAUGCUGACGGACAUAGGAUGAGUCAUAUGGGCGCUGAGGUUGAAUCGGCCAUGGCGCGGGUGGGGGAGAAGAUUUGGUGGGCACAUGUUUGA